UCGAUGACCCCCAUAAUAAAACCGGAACUGACUUGAACAUCCCUCGUUCUCUUUCUCUAGUCGGACUGCAUUCGUAACUCAUGCUUUCACCAGCGGUAGCAUAGCAUUGUGUCACUUUCAUAGAACAAGGACUGGAGAGUGGAGACACGUCCAGCUGUAGUAAAUGGCACAAGAGGAUCUGUGAAACUUACAAAUUUCAACAUGGGAGACGAUGACAUAGAGUACAACAUCGUCUUUCCAGAAGCAUUGGUUUCAGAGAGACACUGGCGGGGAUCAAAGGAACCAGUGGUCAUACUGCUAGGAUGGGCAGGCUGCAGAGAUAAACACCUGGUUAAAUAUAGUUCCAUCUAUACAGAGCAGGGAUGCAUCACUCUUCGCUAUACAGCCCCUUUGAAGACAGUCUUCAUCUCAGAGAGUUUUGGCUACAAAGAGCUGAGACACACUGCUUCGAAGCUGCUAGAGACACUGUACGAUUACGAGGUAGAGAACAACCCCAUAUUCUUCCACGUGUUCAGCAAUGGGGGAUUCAUGCUCUAUAGGUACAUGGUAGAACUCUUGCAGAAGGACAAGCAGUUCAGCACACUGUGUGUCCUUGGGACGGUGGUGGACAGUGCACCAGGCAGUGGCAAUGUCAAGGGUGCGCUGCGUGCACUGAGAACCACCCUGGGUCCCAAAAUCAAUGUGCUCCUGCGCUACCUGCUCAUGGCCCUGUUCGCCGUGACUGUGUUCCUCCUCAGGAUUGUCCUGUACCCUGUGACAAAGUACUUUCACAAGAACCACUACGACGCCAUGAUGGACCGGCCGGCACCAUGGCCUCAGCUCUAUCUGUACUCCCGGGCUGACCAGGUGAUCCGGCACGCGGACGUGGAGCGCAUGGUCCACGUGCUGCAGGGCAAAGAGCUGGCGGUGCAGAGCUUCGACUUCGGCACCCCGGCUCACGUCAGCCUUUUCCGAGAUUUCCCUGAGGACUACUCCAGACGAUGCCUCAACUUCCUCGGCAGUUGCACAACGUCUACAGAAGACACCAAAUUGAAAAGGCGGCAUGUCGUACAGCAGUGAACAGAACAUUUUUUUUAAAGUUUAAAAAGGAAUCUCUUGUGUGUUUACUACUGCUGUAUUUACUAUUUGUUUGUUUCUAUGAAAACCUAACACUACUGUUGAUGAAUUUUGUAUGACACUUUGUGUUUUGACUAAUUCUAAUUUAUGUUAAUUUUGAAUGUGAUCAAAUGUUUAUGUUGAUUUCUUAAUGCUGUUAUUGUUUGAAACUGUGAAUAAAAAAAUGACUUUUAAUACUUACGGGGAUUUUUUGACAGACUGUGUUUAUGUAUUGGACUAAUGUGCCUUCUAGAAAUUAAAAGCCUUUGUUUCAUUCUA